AUGAUAGAUAUAAAUGAAUAUAUAAAAAAAAAUACAAUUAAUAAAGAAACAAAACAUAAUAAAAAUAGAAAAGUUAAUGGAGUAGAAGUUGAAGUUACUGAACAAGAAUUAAUGCUCUUGUUUACAAGAUUUUUAAAAGUCUGUGAAAAAAUAGAUGAUAGCAAGUUCAAAACUGCCUUAACUUCAAUAACUGGUAUUGAUGAAAUAAGCAGUAAUGAAAAUACCGACAAAGUAGAAUAUACUUGGAAUUACCAAUAUGUGGAUGAAGCAAGUAUUAAAAAAGGUGAACCGGAUGGAACUAAAUUUACUUUUGAAAGUGCUUAUAGUAAUACUUUCGGAGAUGAUGUUUUAAAGAAGGACAUAGAAGUUAAGAUACUUCCUAAAGGUGAGGAAUUAACUACUGCGCAAUUAGAGGAGUAUGGAAUUAAAGUAGCUGAUCCUAGCAAAACAACACUUUACUUAUCCGAAAAUGAUAUUAGUAAAGUAAAGAAAAUAACGGUUAAAGAUUUUAAAGAAUGGGUGGAGUUAUUAAUUAGUUUCUUACCUGGCGAUGAUAUUCGUAAAAAGUUUGCUGGUGGGUUAAAUAAUGAUAUUUACACCGAAUUAUUAACUAGUGAUGAUGUAAACAGUUCCAGCAAAAGUAUCGCCGAACUAAAAAAGGAAGUUGCUGAUAAAACUAGUGAAAUUCAAAAGAGACAAAAGGAAUUAAAUGGUUAUACUGAUAAAAUAAUUGCCAAAAAAAAGAAGUUUUUAACCGAUAACAAGUUUGAUAAGUUAGAUAAGGUUAGUGAUACUGAAGACAAUCGCAAGACUGAACAAGAAAUAAAGGAUUUAAUCGAUACUUAUAGAUUAGAAACUGGCGAAAGUGAUGAUGGUGGGAAGCCAAAUCCUCAAAUACUCGGUUUUAUUUUGUCAGGAAAGAAAACUAUUUGGGAUAUUAAUAGUCAUUAUUUCCAUGAUAGAACUGAUAUUAAAUUACCUACACUAAACAAAGAUUUAGAUGAUACUGUUAUUACUGAUAACUUUAAAACUAAAUGGGAAGCUAUUGGAACUGCAACCAAGAAACCAUUUGAAAAACGAACUGAUUUAGAGACUUACCUAAAAGGGUUAAUGGAUAAACCUAAUACUCAAGAAGCAAAAAUUAAAGAUGAUUUUGAAAAUGUCUUAAAAGCUACUGAUAGCAAAACAGCAGGAACUAAGAUUAAUAACUUAAAAGUUUUAAUGGCUGAGGAACCGAAAAAGUUGAAAGAUGAUGAAAAUGAUGCUAAAAGUAAAGUCCAAUUUAAGAGACAGUUAGCCGUUGCCAAAGGUAAGAAAACUUCGGAUACUGUUAAAGAGUUGACCGAUACUGAAUUAUUGGAAGCAUUAUACGAAUUAAAAGAAGGAACUUUAUCGGUUGACACCACUAAGAAAUAUAAUGCCGAUCUAACUGAAAUAACUACUGAUGGAGUUGAGGGGGAAGAAGAAGUAGUAGAAACUGAAACUAAUGAUAAAGAAACUGAUGAAUAUAAAGAAGAAUUAGAAAAACACGAGGCUGAACACGAAAAGGAUUCAGAAAAAGCUUGGGAAGAUCCGCAAGAAAAAUAUGUCUGUCCUAAAUUAGAACAGCAUUGGCAAGAUUAUAAUCAGUUGGAAAGAAAUGUGGAGUUAUGUAUCGAACUUUUGCAGCCAAAAGGCGAAUUAUUUGACCCCUGCUGUGGUUUAGGAAGUUUUUUACUCAAAGCCAAAAGUAAAGAUGAAACGCUAAGAAUUAGUGGGAAUGAUAUUGCCAAAGACUUAGGGGAAUUACCUUUUGAAUUCACUAAUUCUGACUAUCUAAAUAAGAAAAUUAUUAAAAACACAAGGAAAAAGGCUCUAAUAAUCUUACCAAGUGGAGUAAAUUCGGGCUUAAAUAAGAAAAUCACUGAAAAAAGAAUAGAGAUUAUAAAUAGUGGAGUCCUAGAACUAGUUUGUCAAUUACCCGGAACUUUUGAAAAAAUAAAAGGAUGUGAUUAUCUUUUGCUAGUCGGUAUUUAUGAUAGCAAAGAUGAUGAACCAAAAAAAACUCCGGAAGAAAUAAAACAAGAGAUCAAAAGUGAUUUACUAUUUGCGAAAUAUAAAGACAGUCAAAUUAAAAUCAAAGACCAUUUUAAAUUAGUGCGAGGUAAAACCCCACCCACUAAAAAUCCCGAAUAUUAUGAAAAUGGAACUCUGUUUUGGUUAGAUGGUGGGAGCCUAAAUGGGGUUUAUUUUCUUACUGAUGAAGCCAAACCUAGCAAAUUUAUUACUGAAAAAGCGAAAGUAGAAUGUCGACUUCCUGUUUUAGAACCUAAUAGCAUUAUAUUUUCUAAUGUUAACACUUACCCUAACAAAAUUUGCUUAGUUAAAACUUCUAAACCAACCUUUUUUAGCAAUCAUAUUUGA